AUGGCCGCGCCCGUCCGCCGUCUGUGUCAUAUUGCCUUCCACGUGCCGGCAGGGCUACCCCUCGCCCGGGAUCUGCAGCGCCUCUUUGGCUUUCAGCCUUUGGCAGUGCGGGAAGCAGACGGCUGGAGGCAACUGGCUCUGUGCAGCGGCGACGCUGUCUUCUUGGUGAAUGAGGGCGCGGGCCCCAGAGAGCCGCUGUAUGGCCUGGACCCGCAUCAUGGGAUACCCAGCGCCACAAACCUGUGCUUCGACGUGGCCGACGCGGGUGCUGCCGCCCGAGCGCUGGCGGCGCUGGGCUGCAGCGUGCCGGUGCCCCCUGUCAGGGUGCGAGAUGAGCAGGGCGCUGCCACCUAUGCCGUGGUCAGCUCGCCGGCAGGCAACCUCAGCCUGACUCUGCUGGAGCGCACUGGCUUCAGUGGGCCCUUCCUGCCUGGCUUUAGUCCUGUGCCCUUGGCACCCGGCCCGGGCUGGUUCAGCCACGUGGAUCACCUGACCUUGGCCUGCAACCCCAGCAGCUCCCCAAAACUGAUGCACUGGUUCCACGACUGUCUAGGCUUUCACCACCUGCCACUGAGCCCAGGUGAGGAUCCAGAGCUGGGCCUGGAGGUGGCAGCAGGGUCUGGGCUUGGCGGGCUAAGGCUCACCGCCCUGCAGGGCCCUGUUGGCUGCGCUGUCCCCACCCUUGUGCUGGCAGAGCCCCUGCCAAGGGCCACCAGCGGACAGGACCAGGUGGAGCAGUUUCUGGCCCGGAACAGGGGACCUGGAUUGCAGCACGUGGGGCUGUACACACCCAGUAUCAAGGAAGCCAUUGAAGGGGUGGCAGGGGCUGGGGGUCAGCUUCUGACUCCUCCUAAGGCCUACUACCAGCAGCCAGGCAAGGAGGAGCAGAUCCUGGCUGCAGGGCAGGAGCCUAACCUGCUGGCCCAACAGGGAGUCUUGCUAGAUGGUGACAGAGGCGAGUUUCUGCUUCAGGUCUUCACCAAGUCCCUGUUUGCGGAGGACACUUUCUUCCUGGAGCUGAUCCAGAGACAGGGGGCCACUGGCUUCGGCCAGGGCAACAUUCGGGCCCUGUGGCAGUCUGUGCAGGAGCAAGCUGCCAGGGUCCAAGAAGCCUGCAAAGGGCCCAAGCUGGAUGCAGCCGGCUGUCCCGGUGCACUGGAAAGUUCAGCAUAG